AUGCCGGAUCAAUCAUCGCAAACCGAUCCUCUUCAAGGAAAGAUCGCUUUGAUCACAGGCGCAUCGGGAGGAAUAGGAUAUGCCACUGCUCUCGCACUAGGACGUAGAGGCUGUUCCAUCGCAGUGCACUACAAUGCUGCAAAGGCCAAAGCUGAUGCACUCGUCGCUGAGCUUUCUCAGAUCGGUGUCAAGGCGAUUGCGUUCCAAGCUGAGAUGGGCAAUUUUGACCAAGUGCGUAAGCUACACGCCGAUGUCGUCGAACAGCUGGGUCAUCCGGAUAUCUUGUUCAAUAAUGCUGGUCGAACGAAUACGGUUGUUGGAAUGUGGGGAGACAUGGGAUCCAUCAGCAUUGACGAAUUUGAGCACACAUGGAGGGUCAAUACGGCGUCCAGCUAUCUGCUGACGCAAUUAUGUCUUCCAAACAUGGUCCAAAAUAAAUUCGGGAGAAUUGUAUUUUGUUCGAGUGUUGCUGCUGGCGUUGGCGGUGUAAUUGGACCCCACUACGCCUCUUCAAAGUCAGCUUUGCAUGGGCUUCUUCAUUGGAUAGCCAUCAGACAUGCAAAAGACGGUGUGACAUGUAAUGCGGUUGCUCCUGCACUUAUCAUCGAAACAUCUAUGUUCGAAAACCCUUCCGAGCAGCUCAAGGAUAAAAUUCCUGUUGGGCGUUUUGGACUUCCUCAUGAAAUUGCGUCGGUCGUGGAGAUGCUCGUUAGCAAUGCAUACAUGACCAAUAAGAUCAUUGUUUCUGACGGAGGAAUGACUCCCAGUGCUUUCUGA